ACCCAACACCAGCCCUCUCAGUCUCAUCGGUUUCAUUUCCAAAGGAAAAAAAUAAAACGAGAAGAAAAAAGAACACCAUGAGCUAUAAUCCAUUAACCAUUCUCAUUCUCUUACUUUCAAUCUCAAGUUCUUUACUCCACGUUAGAUCAGAUACCUCCGAUCACCGCUACAAAGAAGGUGACCCUGUUCCUUUCUACGCCAACAAAGUUGGUCCCUUUCAUAAUCCCAGUGAAACAUAUCGCUAUUUUGAUCUACCCUUUUGUGUUCCAGGUUAUCUGAAAGAGAAAAAAGAAGCUCUUGGUGAGGUUUUGAAUGGAGACCGUUUAGUUAGUGCUCCAUAUACACUUAACUUUAGAGAUGAUAAAGUAUCAGCACCCGUUUGUCAGAAGAAACUUUCGAAGGAGGAUGUUGCACAAUUUAGAUCUGCAAUUGCUAAAGAUUAUUACUUCCAGAUGUAUUACGAUGAUCUACCAAUUUGGGGUUUCAUUGGAAAAGUUGUUAAAGAUGGUAAGGAUGACCCCAGUGAGUAUAAAUACUUCCUUUACCAACAUGUCCAAUUCGAUGUUCUUUAUAAUAAGGAUCGCGUGAUUGAAGUGGGUGUCCGAAUGGAUCCUAAUUCAAUGUUGGAUCUGACGGAGGACAAGGAAGUCGAUGUGGAGUUUCUUUAUACUGUGAAGUGGAAGGAAACAGAUAAUACUUUUGAGAAUAGAAUGAAGAAAUACUCAUUGUCUUCUUCACUGCCACAUCACUUGGAAAUCCAUUGGUUUUCUAUUAUAAACUCAUGUGUGACAGUGCUCCUUUUAACUGGUUUUCUUGCCACAAUUCUCAUGCGUGUCUUAAAGAAUGAUUUUGUGAAAUAUGCACAAGAUGAGGAAGAAGCUGAUGAUCAGGAAGAGACUGGAUGGAAGUACAUUCAUGGCGAUGUAUUUAGGUAUCCUAAAUACAAAUCUUUGUUUGCUGCAGCCCUUGGUUCUGGCACCCAGCUGUUCACGCUGACUCUAUUUAUUUUUAUUCUUGCACUGGUUGGUGUAUUUUAUCCAUACAACCGAGGAGCUCUAUUUACUGCACUGGUGGUCAUAUAUGCACUUACAUCUGGGAUUGCUGGGUAUACUGCAACUUCUUUCUACUGCCAGCUGGAAGGAAAUAACUGGGUGAGGAAUCUUUUGCUGACAGGAUGCCUUUUCUGUGGGCCUCUAUUCCUCACAUUCUGCUUCCUUAACACUGUAGCCAUUGUUUAUAGUGCAACUGCAGCAUUGCCUUUUGGCACUAUUGUGGUCAUAGUCCUUAUAUGGACACUAGUAACUUCUCCGUUGCUUAUUUUGGGUGGUAUUGCUGGAAAAAAUAGCAAGGCUGAGUUUCAAGCUCCUUGCCGUACCACAAAAUAUCCUCGAGAGAUUCCACAAUUGCCUUGGUACAGGAGUGCUCUUCCUCAGAUGGCAAUGGCAGGUUUUCUUCCUUUUAGUGCCAUCUACAUCGAGCUUUACUACAUUUUUGCCAGCGUUUGGGGUCACAGGAUCUAUACCAUUUACAGCAUCUUGUUUAUUGUCUUCAUUAUUCUUGUGAUUGUCACUGCCUUCAUAACCGUGGCUUUGACGUACUUCCAACUUGCUGCUGAAGAUCAUGAAUGGUGGUGGAGGUCUUUUCUCUGUGGGGGAUCAACUGGGCUGUUCAUCUAUGCCUACUGCUUGUAUUAUUACCAUGCUCGAUCUGAAAUGUCUGGCUUCAUGCAAACAUCUUUCUUCUUUGGGUACAUGGCCUGUAUAUGCUACGGCUUCUUUCUAAUGCUUGGAACAGUGGGUUUCCGUGCAUCGCUGUUCUUUGUUCGCCACAUAUACAAGUCGAUUAAAUGCGAGUAGCGGGGCAGUACUUCCUCUUCAGUUUACAUGCAUUCUGUCAAAGAGAAAUGUACGAUUUUGUUAAGAGCUGAGGGCCGAGACUGCUUAAUUACUAGAAACAAAAGAUGCGAACUUUGAGAGACCUUAGCAAUGCCUGACCUGAGCUACUAAGUUUACAGAAACCCUGGGGCAUAUUGACCUGAAGUACCUGACAUGUAGAAGAUUGAAAUGCUUUGUUUUGUAUUAUUACGUAUACCCUCUUUUUUCUUUUUUAGUUUGUAGAAGCAACAUCUCCCCUCAUUCUAUGUACUUUCAGAAUCAACUUUAUAGAAUCAAAUCUAUGUGUCAGGUUUUACCUAUUGUUGUAAGAAACAAAUUCAUUUUGUUAGAACCCUUAUUUCCACAUUGAAGUCAAAAGGUGGAUUUGUUGUUGGUAAA